AUGUCCCACCGCAAAAAUAAAGCCGUAGGCCUAGCAGCCUUCGACCGCUCCCGCCUCACCUCAGCCCAAUACGCCACGCACGGCUCCGCGCUGCGCACCUCACAGGCCUCGGCACUCGAAACCCAACUCUCCGUCUUCCGCUCCUUACUCCAGCAAUUCGCCGCCACGCACGCCAAGGACAUUAAGUCCAACCCGACUUUCCGCGCGCAGUUUGCGCGCAUGUGCGCGGCUAUCGGGGUGGAUCCGCUUUUGGCUGGUAGUUCUUCUUCCGAAAGCAGUGGUGGUAAGGGAGGAGGAAAUAAAGGGGAUAGUAUGUGGGCGCAGCUGUUGGGGCGGACGGGGUUGAAUGAUUUUUAUUUCGAGCUGGCGGUUAGGGUGGUGGAGGUUUGUGGGGAGACGAGGGGCGAGAAUGGCGGGUUGAUUGAGGUGGGUAUGGUUAGGGAGAGGGUGGUUAGGGGAAGGGUGGAGGGGAUGGGGGUUCAGGGGGUUACUGAAGAUGAUAUCCUUCGCGCGGUAGGGACACUCAAGCCUCUCGGUUCGGCGUACUCGGUUAUCAAGGUCGGAAGCAAGCAGUAUAUCCGGUCCGUGCCCAAGGAGCUGAAUACCGAUCAGAGCGCCGUGCUGGAGGCUGCCCAGGUGUUGGGAUACGUCAGCGUGUCCAUGUUGAUGGACAACCUGCGAUGGACGAGAGCACGAGCGCAAACGGCGUUGGAGGAUCUCGUGGGCGAGGGGAUGCUUUGGGUUGAUAAGCAGGGUAUCGAGUGGGAGUACUGGAGCCCUGGGUUUAUGCUCGAAGGUGAUCUCCCGUUGGAAGGGUUUGACUGA